AAAAUCGACAUGUUUUAGUGAGUAAAUGAGGAACUGACUUGUCACUUUGAAAUUAAAUGGUCAACCAUCAGAAUAUGGAAAAAGUUUCUCAGGAUUGUCCAUACCCAGGAUGCUUCUUUUGUGUUAUGAAGGAAGGAAAUCCAAGCAAGAGGAGGGCCAGUAUACUGAAAUUCUUCAGAGAUCUUCCUUCCCAGGAUGAUGAUGGUCAGGUACUCCCAAUUAGUGGGCUAUGGAACACAGCCAUGGCCCAUCCCAAUGAUCCUGAGUUCAUUGAGUUAGGAAUAUUUGAAUGCAUGGCUGCACUGAUAUGGAAAGGCUUAAAGAAUCGGCGUUGGCUUUCUCAUGACCAAAACAUAUACAUUCCUUACUAUGCUGCCCAUAUUAUUGGCUCCUACACCAUGAACAUGGAAGAAUUUGCAGAAACUGCUGUGCAUGCUGGAGUUGUCCCUCCCUUGGUUGAACUUUUGAGAGGGAGGUUGACUUGGGUUGAACAAAGAGUGGCUGUUCGAGCUCUAGGGCAUUUAGCUACAUAUGCUAAUACUUUUCCUGCUGUAGCAAGUCAUGGCGAAAUCCUUGAGCUCUCCAUUCAACUCGCAAUGAGUUCAUUGGAAAUAGUAUACUCCCAUUUUUACCAAUAUGUUGACAGACGGCUUAGUUAUCACUGUGAUCUGCUUACACGAGGCAUGGGUGGCGUGGAAAUGGAGUCUCGUAAGGCAGAAGAAUGGGCUAGUCAGUUGCAGUGCUGGUCGCUUCAGCUCAUUAAUUGCUUUGCUUUCAAGCCUGAGUUUCUUCCUACCAUAUGCAAGUCUGAAUUCUUAAUGAAACUACCUGGCAUGUGGGGCGGGCUCGUCAAUGAAAAUUCACCCGCUGGUAUUGGUUUAUUAAGGACAAUUUGUCAUCACAAACUCGGUAGAGGACCUGUUGCUAGCUGUCCUGGAAUUAUUGAAGCACUCUGUAAUAUUGCUCGCUCAUCGGAUGAUUGGCAGUAUAUGGCUAUUGAUUGUCUUCUAUGGUUGCUCCAAGACCCUAGCACAUGUCAUAAGGUUAUUGAUAAAGCAGUACCUGCACUUGUAGACCUUAGAGAGGCAGCUAUAAAGCACGGGGGUGUUCAUUGUGAGGGUGAUGCUUGUGACAUCUAUGGCCAAGAAAGUGAUGAUUCUGAAUGGGAAACUGCGAGUGAAAGUGACAUUGGAAAUGAUGGAAGGGAUGAAAUGGGGGAUGAAGAUGAUGAUAGUGAAUGGAAGAAUGAAGACGAUAGGAAAGACAAAUAUGAGAAGCCUUCAACAAAAGGAAAAAUCUGUGCAGGCCAGUUUCAAGUCUCAAGUGGCUUCUCUUUCUAACAAAUUUGUUUUUGUUUUUGUUUUUGGUUUAUGAUGCUUAUGUUUAUUUACUUAUUUAUAUUUUUUCUGACAUAGAGUAGGAGUAGUUUUCGUACUCGAGUCGGCUAUUCUCAUAUGAGAGUGUUCUGCCAUCUGAGUUAUAUGCCCUUACUUUGAUGUAUAUAUUUCUAUUUAUAUUUUUCGUAAGUGAUGUAUUUACUUAUAGCCCCUUGAUUUG